AUGAAGCUCCUGGCUGUGUUGCUGGCUGCCAGCCUGCUCAGCACCACUGCCCAUGGUGCCCAGGCCCCCUGGCAGGACAAACCACCUCAGCCCUGCCUCUCCCAGCCCCUCAGCAGCACGGACAGCAAGUUCUGCAGGGGUGAUUUAGAAAUGAUCUACCCCGAGCUGGGUGAUGUGGGCUGCACCUACAUCCCCCAGUGCCACCAGUACAGGAGGCAGAUCAGCAGGGAGUGGAGCACCCCCCGAGUGAGGUACCCCCGGGCGGAGAAGGCCAAGAAGUACCUCCUGAUGCUGGUGGAUCCUGAUGCUCCCAGCAGAGCCAACCCUAGGAAUCGCUUCUGGAGGCACUGGCUGGUCACUGACAUCCCAGGUGCAGAUCUGAGGAGUGGGGACAUCAAAGGGCGAGUGCUGACAGCCUACAGCAGGCCCUCGCCCCCGCCCCGCAGUGGGUACCACCGCUACCAGCUCCUCCUGUACCAGCAGCCAGCACUGGAGGCCAUCGCCCUGAGCCCCCAGGAGCAGAGCUCAAGGGGUGCCUGGCCCAUGGAGAGCUUCGUGGAGAGGUUCCAGCUGGGUUCCCCAGUGGCCUCAACUCAGUUCCUCACCAAACACUACGAGGAUUAG